CAGGCAGCGGCGAGGAUGGAGGCGCCCCUGGUGAGCCUGGAGGAGGAGUUCGAGGAGGGCCCCGGCGGGGGCGGCGGCGGCGGGGGCUCCCCACGGGGCCCCGCGGACCCGGCGCUGGCCGAGCUCGAGAGCUUCUCGGCCGAGAUGAUGAGCUUCAAGUCCAUGGAGGACCUGGUGCAGGAGUUCGACGAGAAGCUCACCGUCUGCUUCCGCAACUACGACGCCACCACCGAGGCGCUGGCGCCCGUGCGGGGCCACCUGCAGGCCCAGGAGGAGGAGGAGCGCCUCCAGGACGAGGAGGUGUGGGACGCCCUCACCGACGGCUUUGCCCCCCCCGGCUCCCCCCGGCGCUGGCUGCUCCCCGACACCGAAGCCCCCAGUGACAGCGACACCCAGCUCUGCGGGAAGGAAGAGGAGGAUGAGGAUGACGAGGAGGAGCUCACCGAGAGGAGCGAGCAGGACUCGGGCAUCAACGAGGAGCCGCUGCUGACAGCGGAGCAGGUCAUCGAGGAGCUGGAGGAGCUGAUGCAGAGCUCGCCCGACCCCGAGGCCGAUGCCGAGGCCGAAGACGAGGAGGAGGAGGAGGAGGAGGAGGACGAGGCCGAGGCGGAGCUGGCGGGCGGGGGCACGGAGCCCAUCGUGCUGCGGGAGCUGCACGCCUUCCCGCCCGCCCUCAACAACAACUGCUCCCACGAAGGUGCCUUUUUUGGGGGCCACCGCUUCCCGCAGCGCUUCAGCAUGGAGGGAAUCUCCAGCAUCCUGCAGACGGGCAUCCGGCACACCUUCGGCUCCAGCACCGCCGACAAGCAGUACCUGAACACGGUGAUUCCCUAUGAGAAGAAGGGCUCGCCGCCCUCCGUCGAGGACCUGCAGAUGCUCACCAACAUCCUCUUCGCCAUGAAGGAGGGCAACGAGAAGGUGCCCACCCUGCUGACCGACUACAUCCUCAAAGUUCUCUGCCCAACCUGACGCGGCGCCACCGAAAACGGGGCCAAAUCCGAGGAAAACGGGUCCCUGCCCGACGUCCCCUUCCUCUCCCUCCUCUU